AUGAAGUGUGCGGAUGGUGGUGGUGGCGGUGGUGGUGGUGACACAGAGGCGGAGGAUGGUGGGGGUGUCAACGUUACGCUCACAACCACUACACUGCCUAGUUAG